UCCCCUGCCCGAAGAAGCUAGUCUGUAGUGUCUGGUGCUGAUUCGGGGCCAAUGUGUAACUGUAAAAGAGAGCACUAAGCCAAAUCCUCCACCAUCAUCAUGUUUUCAUCCUUGCAGGGGGAGGGAGGGUUGACUACGAGGCAAAGUGGGGGGAGAGACAGACACACACGGGGCCUAGUCGCCACAUCUUUUCAUGCGAAGAAGCUGUGCCGCUAAAACACCCGUUUUUGGUUUCCCAAAACAACUCCGGCCCGGGCCUCAGUCCGCGGUCUAGAGUUUGAUAGCGGGCUGUUUGAGACUGAAGCACGUCGGUGUGUAGCAGCCAGCCAGUCUCCGUGCCCCUACCACCAUCAUGGGAGACAGUAGAGAUUCCCGCAGCCCAGACAGCUCGUCUGUGUCCUCCCCUCCGUCAGGCCAGCGCUCACCCCCACUGGUUCCCUCAGCUGCAGCUUCCAUGACCUCCCUGCCUCCCAUCACCUCCGCCGGGGUCAACAGCCCCAUCAGUAGCAUCGGUUCCCCUUUCUCCGUCAUCAGCUCUUCGCUGGGCUCACCCUGUCUACCCGGCACGCCGUCAGUAGGCUACGGCCCCAUUAGCAGUCCGCAGAUCAACUCGACAGUGUCCAUGUCAGGGCUCCAUGCAGUGAGCAGCUCAGAUGAUGUGAAACCUCCGCUGGGCUUGAAGCAGCUGUCGUCCCACAGCCCAGGGCCGAUGCUUUCCCAGAAACGCCUUUGUUCCAUCUGCGGAGACAGAUCCUCUGGUAAGCACUAUGGUGUCUACAGCUGCGAGGGCUGUAAAGGUUUCUUCAAGCGGACAGUGCGUAAAGACCUGACCUACACCUGUCGGGACAAUAAAGACUGUAUGGUGGAUAAAAGACAAAGGAACCGCUGCCAGUACUGCCGCUACCAGAAGUGCCUGGCCAUGGGCAUGAAGAGAGAAGUGGCCAAGAUGAACGACAGAUCUGUUCAAGAGGAGCGGCAGAGGAACAAGGAACGGGAGGGCGAAGUGGAGUCGACCAGCGUGGUGAACGAGGAGAUGCCCGUGGAGAAGAUUUUGGAGGCUGAGAUGGCUGUAGAGCAGAAGACGGAACUUCAUGCAGAUGGAAGUUCAGGAGGCAGCUCUCCCAACGAUCCUGUUACAAACAUCUGUCAGGCAGCAGAUAAGCAGCUCUUCACCCUGGUGGAGUGGGCCAAGAGGAUCCCUCACUUCUCUGAGCUGCCUCUGGACGACCAGGUCAUCUUGCUACGUGCAGGUUGGAAUGAACUCCUGAUUGCAUCGUUCUCCCAUCGCUCCAUCUCAGUGAAGGAUGGGAUUUUACUGGCCACCGGCCUGCACGUCCACAGGAACAGUGCUCACAGUGCAGGUGUUGGAGCCAUCUUUGACAGGGCGCACAAUGCCGAGGUUGGGGCCAUAUUUGACAGGGUUUUGACAGAGCUCGUGAGCAAGAUGAGAGACAUGCAAAUGGAUAAGACGGAGCUGGGCUGCCUUCGAGCCAUUAUCCUCUUCAACCCAGAUGCCAAGGGUUUGUCCAACCCCAGCGAGGUGGAGCUCCUGAGAGAGAGGGUGUACGCGUCUCUCGAGACUUACUGCAAACAGAAAUACCCCGACCAGCAGGGCAGGUUUGCAAAGCUCCUCCUCCGGCUCCCAGCACUGCGCUCCAUCGGUCUAAAGUGCCUGGAGCACCUGUUCUUCUUUAAACUGAUCGGUGACACGCCCAUCGACACCUUCCUGAUGGAGAUGCUGGAGGCGCCUCACCAGCUCACCUAAAGGAGCCAGGUUCAGUCCGGUCAGGAUCCGAUGCACACCAGGAUUACCUACAGCCUGCCCCGUGUUGGGUCGUUGGCUCUUGCCAUUGGGCUUCACUUAACUGCAGCACCUGCUGGUUUUAAUGUACCAGCUCUCACACUUAUACACACACAUAUACUGUAGACCUACACACACACACACAUAUGUUCUCAGUCACCGGCGAAUUCUCCGCACACACACACUGUUACAUGCAGAUGCUAAUUUGCAUCAAUGAAUCAACAUGCAACGUAAAUAUUACACAGAUGAUAUGGCUCUGAAUGAACAGGAUGCUAACACACACACACACACACACACACACACACACACACACACACACAUACACACACACAUACAUUUUCACCCUCUUUUCCCAUACUCAGUUUUCCCCCAUAGGGGUUAAGACUCAAGGAAUAUAUCCCCUUUUUAUCACAAAAUUACAGCUAAUGUCUUAAUUUUAAGUUAGCCUUCAGUUUUCACAUCUUCAUCUCACAGUGGGUUUUUGCUUCUGCAUAACUGGUGUACUCCCCCUGUUUUUACUUGGUUACACUGCUAGCUGCACCUCUGUAUAUUGUAUCCAUCACUAGUCGGUUAGUUAUCCAUGUAUGGUUUUAGCUUAAAAUCAGGUGCGUAGCAUUUCAAUCAACUGUCCACCAUCAAACAAAUUAACUUCUUAUUGGUCAGGAGGAGUCCUAUAACGGACAGGCAGACACACACCCUCCCAGUGAGUUCAUCCAAUCUUGUUAACCUUAAAAUAUUUUAUGCUUUUUUUUUUUUUUUUUUUUUUUUUGAAUAUUCAUGCUGAAACUUGUUUGAGUUUCUAUCUUGAAGUACUGUACUCAUGAAAUGAGAGCUUUUUCCAAGGCAUUGUAAUCCAGGAAAAGGGGGCUGGGAGCACUUUGUUGAACAGAUAAACUUUGUCCUUCCCACCCUGAUGCGCACAGUGGGCUUUGUAAGACAAGAAGAAUGACUUGAAUUAUAAUUUUUUUUUUUUUGUUUGUUUUGAUUUUUAUCCUUUUCUCUACUUUGGCAGUUGGUUGGCAUUUUGAACAGUUUGAGGCUCACAGGAAGUACAGCUUCAUGCAAGACAAAAUAGUAUUUGUUUCUCUUUUAUCUCCCGUUCCUCUAAAUCCUCCCUUUCCUGGUGGUCAUUUAUGCACUUUUGUGAGUUGUAACUGUGUAAAUGUUCCUGUUUUCUCAAAAUGACCAUCUAUUCUCAGACACCUAAGAUGACCUUGAAGGUACUAUGUGUAGGGUUUUCUCAUUAUUGCAUCAAUUUCAAAUCAGAUGAGAUGAUUUGUUAUAGACCUUGCAAAAUAAUAUGUUACUUCCUGUACAGUUGAUAACCAGGUUUGGGAAUUAACACUAGUUAACCAAUCAAAUGGUUGGAAAAUUUUGGCCGGCAGCAGGUAUAUCGACCUGUCCAGUCCAGCUGAUAGUCUACUAUUAUUGAUAGGUAGCUCUUUAUUCCAAAAAUCUACUUUGUAUCAACUGUCUAUUGGCCACAGAAGAGGAAAAUAACGCUGUGUUGCACUGGCCAACCUGUAUCUGUGUUGUGUGGCCAUACUGGUCAGGGAAAUCAUCGAGUAAAUAAAUUAGUCUAGGCUUGACCCUUCUUCGCCGCAGCUAUGGAAGUGUCCUUGUUCAAGAUACUGAAUGAACCAGUUUCUGAGGCAUUGCUUUGUAUUCAAGAUGCUGCACUUUGCCCUCUUUGUCAAACAAAGUGCAAAAAGCUGAAUUUUUUUUUUUGUGCAACACAAAAAAAAAACAACAGCAGAGAUGGUAAAUAUAAAGAUUAGAAAUGAUCCUACAGUGGCAAUAAUGCAACAUUUCAUUUCACCUAGUAGUCAGUCGGUGAUACUUUUUUAGCCCGUCGCUCACGGGAUGGAUCGCCGACUGUUGAUAUCGAUUCUUGAAACAAAGCACCGGUGUUUGAAUCGCAAAGGACAUUUUGUGUGCCAUGUUACUGUAAUGCAAUAAUGAAAUGAAUUAGUUCUAUUUAAUGGAAAUCCUACACUUACUACCUGCAGCUUUGAAAACUUUAUUCAGCGUGUAUCGGCUCAAUGCUUUGCGACUUUUGUACAGUAGAUGUAAAUAAUAGAAGAAGAAGAAGAAGAAGAAGAAAAAAAAAUCACACAGGAGUCAUGCAGAAACAAAGGCCUGUUCACACUCACGUGAAUGUGAAAUACGUGGCUCUGACAAAUUUAAAAGCUCUAUUUUUUUGCUGUCAAAUCAACAUUAGACUCGCCUCCCAUAUAUUGACGUCACCAUGAAAAUUAUUAUUAUUAUUAUUAUUAUUAUCGAGCCCAGGGCCAAAACCACACCUCACUGCUGCUUUUGCACCAACUUCUGCCAAUGUUUCCUGAUGUUCUUGGUAAUUGAUUGGCUGGAUUUUCAUCGACAAUGGCACUUGACAUUUACUGUGAUUGAAAAUUUGCGGGCAACUGAAUCUGAGCGUUGCAUUGAGAAGUCUAAUGCAGCUACCACAUGUUCAGGAUAUAUAAACUAUGAAUUAAACCGUCUACGCACGCUCCAAGUCGAGCAAUACUGGGGUACACAUUAAGACUUAUUACCGUUUUUUUUUUUUUGUUAGUAAAGUAUUUAAAGGAGUGUUGAAGUUCAGAGGUAUAUUUAGCCUUCUUAUUAGUCACCACAUUUCAUACAAAUUAGAAACGUACAUUUUGCAGUAUCAUUCUACAGGGAAGAGGUACAGCUGUCCUCUACCAGGUGCUAAAUAACUAAUGUGGUCUUUUUAGUUGAAGACUUGCACAUUUACAUCAAUGCAAAUACACAGACAAAUCAGACAUUUCUCCACCACUGGUCUGCUUAACAUGUACAUUUAUUUUUCUUUUUUGUUUCUUUAUGACCCCUAACUUUAUCGCAGACUCCCAACUAUGGAAAAUGAACACCAGCUAAGUGCUUGUACAUUUUGGCUGUGGAUGAUAAGACACAGCCACAGAGUCUUUUGUAUUUUAGAAAAGGCUGGUGGAAAACGGUGAAAGUAGCUGUUGAAUUUUUUUCACCAGAUUUUAGCAAUGAGCUUCCUCCCCUGCAGAUAGUCCAAAUACUUCUACUCAGAGAGGAUCCUCGGCCUCCCUCCCCCCCAUGUGAUGUGGACUCGGAGGCCGGCAGUUAAGACGACCUGUAAGACAGGUUGUUCUUUUUAACACGUCGAUGAAUUGGUCUAACCAUAGAGUUUGGUGUUGUUUCCGUUUUGUUUUGUUUUUUUUUCUCCACUCAUGCAUGGCCAUCUCAACAAAGUAGUCUCCAGAUUAAUUUCGUACAUGCAGAGGAAAGUCAGCCCCCCCGCGUACACCGUUACUGCCUCAUUUUGGUGUUUUGUUAGCAUGGAAAAGCCAGGUGCAGCUGAUGCUUUGGGUGAAAAAGCACCAAACACCUGCUUGAAUUCUUAUACUGUAUACGCUACCGUGCGGUCGCGGUGCUUUAGCGGAUUGAAUCGGUUCUGACGAGCGAAUAUUAGCAGUUUUGAGACUUAAGUGAAAAAGAUUUUGCGGCCGCCGGGCUUUGAGAUCUGUGAUCCGGUCGACCACACUUUCUCAGUCUUUUUAUUGUCGGAGCAUAUCUAGAUUAGAGGUAAAAAAAAAAUAAUAAUAAAUAAAUAAAUAAAUAACCUUUAAACCCAAAAUGAGAUUUUGAGAGUAGCCUGACUCUAGGACGUGCGCUUUUGUAAAUAAUCUCACCUUCUGUUUGUUUGACAGCUCAGCAUCUUUAUCUGCAGGAUUUUUUUUUUUUUUUUUCGGAGCUUUUCCUCUGUUGAAUGUUUAAGCUUUGCUGCUACAGCAUCAUGUUUUAAAGCCGGGGAUGGGAAUAAUCACGCAAUCAGUCGAGUGCUGAGUGAUGCACUUGUUAAAAAAAAAUCAUAAACAUACACAACUGUCUGAGCAAAUGCCAAUCUUUGUUGACGAUUCAUCAUAAAAGUCAACAUAUGCAACUUGUAUAUUCAUAUUGUGGUAACGUGGUUAAACAGUUGUCAUGCAAUAUGCACAUUAUGUUUCCGGCAUUUGUAAAUUUUAGCUUAGUCUGUUACAUCAGUUAAUAAUAACUGGCAGUGAAAUUAUCUAGAAUUUCCAUCCCUCCAUAUAACAGCAAUGCAUUUAAGUUUUGCUACGCCAUGUUUGUAUUUCUUUACAUUUUGCUAUGAGCUUAGAGGAUGAUAAACAGAUACAGUAAACAAAAAAAAAGCUAUAUAGAUAGUUCAGGUUUUGUAUGCGAAGCCACUUAAAGCUUUGCUGAUCAGACGGCCUGUUUUAGCAAGAGCUGGUGAUCGGGUGUUACAGUUUGGUUUGUUUUUUUUUUUUUUGUUAAAGAGUAUGUGUGGCCACGUGCGUGUACUAUUACACACGUGUAUGGGAUCUGUCUGCAGCUACGCCUUUUGACUGGCAGAUACUGUAGCUUUGGCUGUGACGUGAUGUGCUGAGCGCUGUUAAAUUGAUUUGCAAAAUAACGAAAAGGACGCACAGAGGAACAGGAGCCAGGCUGGAGGGGUGAUUUAAACCGGCUUGUCGACCCGAUGCUUUAUCAACACAACCCAGCCUCCUCCCUUCCUUCACUUCGCCCCCCCCCCCCCCCCCCCCCCCCUGCUUUUUUUACUUCAAACUUAACAAACGUUUAUUCACUCACCCACGCGGGCUGAAAAACGCCUGAGCUUUGCGUCGGAAUUGACUCGUAACAUAUGAUUCUUGGACUGUUUUUUGGGGG